AUGAUUUCUGCUGUGAACUCGAGUGAAACCGACGCAUCCGAACGCAACCCAAAGGUCAUGCCCAUCGCCAUCAUCGGCAUGGCCUGCCGCUUUCCCGGUGGCGCGUCCAGUCCCGAAAGUCUCUGGGAUCUCUGUGCCAACGGGCAGACUGCCUGGUCUCCGACUCCGAAAUCUCGAUUUCACGCGGAGAGCUGGUAUCAUCCGGACAAGGAACAUCUAGGGACAUCAUAUGUGAAAGGCGCGCAUUUCCUCGCGGAGGACAUUUCCCGGUUCGAUGCUGCGUUCUUCAAUUUGAUAGCCGACGCGGCCAGCACAAUGGAUCCCGAAGUGCGCCUGCAAUUAGAGACCGCCUAUGAGGCCCUAGAAAGUGCAGGUCUCCCCCUCGAUCAAGUGGCUGGCUCUCGCACCGGCGUCUAUGCAGGCACCUGUUUCCGAGAUGACCAUGACAGCUUGUUGCGCGACCCCGAUACUCUAGCUCGGUCCUUCCUCACGGGUAAUGGCGCAGCAAUGAUCGCGAACCGGAUCUCCCAUUUCUUCGAUCUCCGCGGGCCCAGUCUGAUGGUCGACACCGGGUGUUCGACGACGCUGACGCUGUUGCAUCUGGCAUGCCAGAGCCUCCGGGCGGGCGAGUCAGACAUGGCCAUCGUGGGUGGCUCAAAUAUCCUACUCAACCCGGAUAUGUUCAUUGCCGGUUCAAAUCUUAGCUUGUUGUCGGCGGAAGGGCGCUGCUUCGCCUUCGAUGCUCGAGCCACGGGCUAUGGACGUGGGGACGGAAUUGCCAGUAUUGUCAUCAAGCCCCUGAUAACAGCAGUCCGAGACGGUGACCCAAUUCGUGCUGUGAUUCGCAACUCGGCCGCAAACCAGGAUGGCAAAACAGCGACUCUGACUUCGCCCAGACAGGAGGCACAGGAGGUCUUGAUGCAAGAAUGCUAUGAGAUGGCUGGUCUCGAUCCGCGCGACACCGAUUUUGUUGAAGCCCAUGGGACAGGCACGCAAGCGGGCGAUACCAUUGAAGCUCGUUCUAUUGGGCGCGUGUUUGGCCUCAGACGUAGCACUGAGUGCCCGCUAUUGAUCGGCUCGGUGAAGACGAACAUCGGCCAUACGGAAGCUGCUAGUGGUCUAGCGGGUGUUAUCAAAGCAGUCAUGGCCAUGGAGAAGCAGGCUAUUCCUCCGCAUCUGAACUUCGAGUCUCCGAACGAGAACAUCGCAUUUGAUGCAUUAAACUUGAAGAUUCCCCUCAGUCUGCAGGAAUGGCCUUCACUGUCGCUGCGGCGGGCAUCCAUUAACAACUUUGGUUAUGGAGGUGCGAAUGCUCAUGUUAUUAUAGAAAGCCCAGAGAUACUGCAGCGGAGUACCCCUUUCUCGGGAAGGGUGAACACCUCAAACCCUAAGAAGCGGUCUCGUGUGUUUGUGCUCAGUGCCAAAGAUUCCGGAGUUGCUCGCAGAAUGGGCGAGAAUCUCUGCGACUAUCUCGCGGCCAGGAUCCGUGAAAGCGAGGGAAGCGAGGAAAGCGAGGAAGAGUUGCUCGAUCAGCUGGCUUUUACCCUCGGACAGCGACGCACCCGGUUUCCUUGCACCAUAGCCUGGAGUGGCUCGUCGAUCACUGAAGUACACGCCACCAUCGAUGCCCCAGGUUUGACAACCCAGCGCAGUAUGCGUGUGCCACGCGUGGGAAUGGUAUUCACUGGUCAAGGCGCUCAAUGGUUUGCCAUGGGUCGCGAGCUGCUCGACGCUUACCCGGUCUUCUGUGAUGCCAUACACGAGGUCGACGCUUGCUUGAAGUCAAUGGGUGCUACGUGGUCUGCCCUGGAGGAACUGCAGCGAAAUGCCGAGGAAAGUCGUCUUAACCAGGUCGCGUAUAGUCUGCCACUGAGCGUGGCUAUUCAGCUUGCUCUAGUCGACCUGUUACGUUCUUGGGGCGUCUAUCCUGCAGGGGUCACCGCUCAUUCCAGUGGAGAGGUCGGUGCUGCCUACGCCGCCGGAGCCAUCACCCUGAAAGGCGCAUUGGCAAUCGUGUACAUUCGAGGCGUUCUGACCAGUCAGUACCAACAACUCCUUGAUCGUCGAGGAGGCAUGGUCGCGGUGGGCCUAGGACGUCAGGAUGCUGAGAAGGCGCUGGCUGAGGUUCGAUCCGGCAAGGCCAUCGUCGCCUGCGUGAACAGUCCGUCUAGCGUGACCAUCUCGGGCGACGAGUGUGCGAUUGAGGAAAUCAAGACACUACUCCAUGGCCGUGGUGUCUUUGUGCGUCGUCUUCAUGUCGAGGCAGCCUAUCAUUCGCACCACAUGCUGCCGCUGGCUGAGGCGUACCGAGCCCAGCUGUCGCGAUUCCUCGAGCUGAACCCCGUAGUUGACACCGGCAUCAUCUACUCGUCCCCAACCACGGGGGGAAGGAUCACGUCGGCUGCAGAGAUUGCUCACCCCGACCAUUGGGUGCGUAACAUGGUGCAGCCGGUGGAGUUUCUGAGCUCGUUGCGUAACUUGUGUCACGAUGAUUCUGACGCCACCAGGACCGCUAUUGACAUGCUUGUUGAGGUCGGCCCGCAUGGCGCUUUGUCUGGUCCUAUUCGGCAAACGUUGACGUUACCUGAGAUGAGUAGUGGGGGAAUCACCUAUGCUACGUGUCUGUCGCGUGGCCAGAACGCUGUCCAGACCAUGCAUCAGCUCGUCUGCACUCUUCUGCAAGCGGGCUAUCCUGUUGACCUGGAAGCCGUCAACUUCCCCUGCGGCUGGAGCACGCUGCCCGUCUUGACCAACCUUCCACCCUACCCGUGGAACCACGAGACCUCAUACUGGGCAGAACCUCGUCGUAACGAAGAACUCCGCCAUCGAACUGUCAUCCCUCACGAUCUUCUUGGGGUUCCUGCACCAGGAUCGACUCUGACCACGCCCACGUGGCGACAUAUAGUCCGCCCUCGUGGUAUCCCUUGGGUGCGCGACCACAUCGUGCAGGGAGAAAUUGUCUAUCCCGGGGCGGGGUUUAUGAGCAUGGUGGUUGAGGCACUGCGACAGUUGCAAUCACCAGCCCAACCCAUCCAUGGCUAUGAGCUGCAGGAGAUUCGAAUUCACAAGCCACUAAUCCUGGAAGACUCAGCGGAGGGAGUAGAGGUACAACUGUCCCUCCGUGCAUGUAGCGAUCAGGUUCGUCAAGGACAGGGGUGGUAUGAGUUCUUGAUCGAGUCUGUCAAACAGAUGAAUGGCUCGUCGACGUUGCAUUGCGAGGGGCUCUGUUGUACCUCAGUUCUGGCUCAGAGUGCCGGUUGGAUAGGCCCUCCUGCUCCUACUGCUGCGCCAUUACCAGUACCUCCCAGUACGUGGCGUACCCUUGACCCCGCGGAUAUGUACAGGAUGCUAGACGCCGUAGGUCUGUGCCUCGGCCCUGUCUUCCGGAAUCUGGUGUCAGCAAAAUCCGCUCCUGGAUACGCGCAGUCAGUGAUUCAGGUGGCCGAUUCGGCGACGACAAUGCCCCAGCAAUACCAGCAACCCCACAUCAUUCAUCCUACCACUUUAGACGCAGUCUUCCAUGCAGCCUACCAGACUCUUCCCGUUGGGGGAAGCGAAGAGCGCGCCGCAAUGAUCCCGACAUCUAUUCAGGAUCUUUACAUUUCCGCGGACUUGACAGCGUCCCCAGGUCACCGGUUCCACGCGAAUUCGACCUUGGUAAGGGUAAGCAGACGCGGGUUCGAAACCUCAAUUCGGGUCACCAACACAGGCGCGGAGUCCGAAAAGUCGGUUCUCACUGUCCAGGGGCUCUGGUGCCAGUCCUUAGGUCCGCAUCCUGCGAUGCGGAUGCCCGACGACAGACUCUGCUAUACCUCGGUCUGGAAGCCAGAUAUUGAUUUCGUCCGACCUGAGCACUUGACUGAGCCAGAUGCACCAAGCGGGACCCAUCCCCAUCUUUCUCAGCUACAAACCGCGGCUGUCAUGUUCAUUGUGGAUGCUUUGCAUCAAUUUCAAGGUAAAGAUCUUGUUGCAUCUGAGCAUUCCAGUUACUGGAAAUGGAUGACAGACGUUGCAGAAAGGGCUCGUCCGAUUCUCGACAUCCUGGGGGUUACCGCGCAUGGAAUGGCAGCGCUGACACAAGAGCUGAGACAGUGUGUCGAGGGAAGAUUACUGUGUCGAUUCGGAGAGAAGCUUCCUGAUGUCCUGUCUGGAAUAGCCCAGGCGAAAGACAUCCUGCUAGAAUUCAUGGCCGAGAACCAGGCUGAGAUCCUCGAGGUUGGAACGGGCAAUGGUGCCAAUACACGGAGAUUUAUCAAGACCUUGACCAAGGACGAUACGCGACUGUUUUCUCGCUACGAGGUCACUGCCUCUAGUGCAGGACUGGUCAAGAACGCGGAUACGGUCCUCAAGGAUGAGGCAGACAUCGAGUGCAAGGCUCUAGACUUGAACGCGGAGCCUGAUGCCCAGGGAUAUGCCCGGAGAAGCUACGAUUUGCUUAUUCUUUCCGCAUCAGCUUUGUUGACGGUGAAGGAAAUGGUUCAGACCCCCAGCUCACUGCAUGCUCUUCUUGCUCCUGGUGGGAGAUGCAUCCUCUGGGGCCCCAGCCUGGGCGAUGGAUGGCAGGCCAGUUUUCAUGCCAGUGGCCUGUGGAAGGAGCUCUGUGUGCAGGCCGGUUUCGAGUCGGUCAGCUCCCACCUCCAGCCAGAUCUCAACGCAGACGGGUACCAAGGAGAAGUAGUCGUUGCGACGGCCAAGACAGACGUGACAUCUGCCACUCAAACAGAGGUUCUGCUCAUUUCUAGAACCAACCCGCCGGAAGACUGGCAGCAAGCACUUCAGCACGGGCUAGCUGCUGAAUUUGUGUCUGGCGUCUCCGUUGUCUCCUCGCUUGAAGAGGUUGUUGCCGAUGGCAAAACUUGUAUCGUCUUAGACGAGCUUUUUCAGCCAAUGCUGGAUGACCCUACUGCUGAGCAAUUCCAUGCCCUUCAACGCGUGCUCAGCAGCUGUCGGGCUACAGUGUGGGUAUCAUGCGGUGCACAAUGCAAUGCGGAAGAACCUCUGAACAGUUUGCAUCAAGGUCUCCUCCGCACCCUGCGCUGUGAGAAUCCUCUUCGCCGAUACGUCUCGGUGGACUUGGACCCCAAUGCCCCCGUGUGGUCUCUCUCAACUGCGACUGAUAUCGCACACAUUGUCCGCAACACAUUGGCAGCAUCCUCGGCUCCUCAGUCAGAAACCGAAUACGCUGUGCGGGAUUCCGCGAUCCAUAUCUCACGGGUAUACGAAGACCAACAGGAGGCCCAGCUGGUGGGCACCACGCGGCCUCAGGCCCCCGAGAUGCGGCCUUGGUCGACCCCUGGCCAGAACAUUCGGCUGGAAGUUGCCACCCCGGGUCUGCUCAACAGCCUUGUGUUUACGGAAGAUCCCACUAUCGACGAGGCUCUUGCCGACGACUGUGUGGAGAUCGAGCCAUGCGCUUUCGGACUCAAUUUCCGGGACAUCAUGGUUGCGCUGGGUCAGCUCGACGAAACGCGGAUGGGCUUUGAAUGUAGCGGAGUGAUCACCCACGCCGGACCGCGGGUGUAUGCCUUCAUUCUCGGCUACUUCGCAACCAGGGUGCGUAUCCCCUUCACCAACGUGGCCCAGAUGCCCGCGGAAAUGGACUUCCUCACGGCAGCCUCCAUCCCCCUAGCAUUUAUCACCGCCUAUCAUGCCCUGGUGGAUCUGGCACGUCUCCAGCGCGAUGAACGAGUGCUCAUCCACUCCGGCACGGGGGGUGUCGGCCAAGCCGCCAUUAUGGUCGCGCGGUGGAUCGGGGCAGAGAUCUUCGUGACGGUCGGAUCGGAGCACAAACGCGACUUCCUGGUAGAGGAAUACGGGAUCCGCCCGUCGCACAUCUUCAGCAGCCGCAACCGUUCCUUUGCGAAUCAUCUCAUGUCGGCGACCAAGGGGAAGGGGGUGGACGUGGUGCUCAAUUCGCUUGCGGGCGCUUUGUUGCGCGAAACGUGGCAGUGCGUGGGGAUGGUUGGACGAUUCAUCGAGAUCGGUAAGCGAGAUAUCGAACAGAACAGCAUGGUAGAGAUGGGACCGUUUGGGCGGAGUACGAUGUUCGCGUCGCUGGAUCUGAUCACGCUCGGGGAACGGAGAGGUAAGGAGGUGCAACGGAUCUUGGGAGCGAUCAAUGGAUUGAUGGAGAAACGGGAGAUUCGACCGGUCAGGCCGAUCACGCGAUUUGACAUGGGAGACAUUGAGAAGGCAUUUCGCACGAUGCAGACCGGGCAACACGUGGGGAAGAUUGUGAUGGAGGUAAAGAAGGAGGAGGAGGAGGAGGAGAAGGUGAAGGUGAAGCUGCAGCGGGCGGUGCGACCGGUGGUAAUGCUGUCACGUGAGGAGACCUAUCUAAUCGUCGGCGGUGUGGGGGGAAUCGGGCAGUAUUUCGCCCAGCGGCUGGUGGUGGAAGGCGGUGUCCGCCAUCUCCUCCUCCUCUCCCGAUCCGCUGCUUCGGCUUCUACUUCUACAUCUACUACCACCACCACAACUAAAACUCCUCCAUGGCUUGCACAUCUACGACACACCACUGGGGCUUCAAUUGUGCUAGUCAGUUGCGACGUCACUAAUGCGACUCAGCUGCAGCCGGUUCUACAGCAACAUGCCUGCCACCUACCGCCCAUCCGUGGCGUCAUUCAAGCCGCCAUGGUGCUGAAGGAUGGAAUCUUCGAGACUAUGACCCGUGAUGACUACCUCGCCGCCAUCAAGCCCAAAGUCCAAGGAUCGUGGAAUUUGCAUACUCUUCUCCCCCCCGACCUUCGCUUCUUUAUUCUUCUCUCCUCCAUCAGUGGGUUCGGUGGCAACGCAGGCCAGGCCAACUACGCUGCUGGGGGAAGUUAUCAGGAUGCAUUGGCCCGCUACCGCGCAAGUCAGGGUCUCCCCGCCGUCUCCAUAGACUUGGGAAUGGUCUCAUCCGUCGGCGUCGUCGCAGAAUCGAAACCCCUCACGCAUCACCUCGAGAACCUCGGACUACGCGCCGUGUCCGAGCAGGAGGUGUGGGCCUUGGUCGCGUCCGCCAUCCGCCAUCCCAUCCGAACCCCAGAGACUUGUCACAUCGUCACCGGGCUACCAAGGGGUUUGGUCCGGUCGGAGGCUACUGCGGGCUGGAACCGCGAUGCCAGGUUCGCCAUUCUUGAGCAGCAAACCCCCUCUUCUUCUGGUCCUGCAUCUCGUUCCUCACCGGAAGCCGGUCUGAGAGACCAUUUGGCUGCCACUACCACUUUGACUGAAGCAAUCUUGGUCAUCGAAAACGCCUUGGUCACGAAAUUGGCCGAAAUGUUCAGUCGCAUCCCAGAGGGGAUUGAUCCCUCCUUGCCUCUCGCGCAAUUCGGCGUCGAUUCCUUAGUGGCGGUGGAAUUGCGCAAUUGGUCGGUUGCGACGGUGCAGGCGGAUUGCUCCAUCUUCGAUGUCAUGCAAGCGGUUUCGGUGACCGGGCUCGCAGGGAAGAUGGCGGAGAAGAGUCAGUUUUUCAAGCUGUAGAGGGUGGGGAAAUCAAUGCAUUUUAUGGAUACAUCUAUGCUACCAUCAAGUCAAUCCGAAGAAUAUGUGUGCGCUGACCACGUCGUCUCUAUAGUUGGCUCAAUCUAAAUCCAAAUGCCAAAACUCAAACUCUUUUAACCCCAUGAACUCCUGACUCGAAGCCCGUCUCAAAUGGGCGAAGAUGAUCCUAAGCUUCCUGAGGAGCUUUACCAGGCACGACCCGCUCGACAGAAUC